AGAAUAUAAUAUCAGACAAAGAUGUCCGAAGGCACGGUUGCCGAUGGUGGCCCAUGGUUGUCCAAAUGGUCUCAAUUACUUUCAAAACAGAAGCUUCCUUUGCUCAUUCCCAACGGGCCUAAAAGAUCUCGCUUUUGCUCAGUAGUUAGUGAAAGUGAAAGUCCCCAUUUGUGUUCAAUUCGACGGUGCUCUUCUCCUCUCUCUGAAUAAGGAGCUAACUUUUCAAGUUGUACCUUUGUGGGUUUCCAUUGGUUUUAGUUGUUAUCUUUCAAAAGUAUCCAUAAUUCUGAUUACGAGAUGCAAGAUCAGAUGUAAAAUCCAUCUGGGUAUUCCUUUCCUUGUUUGGUUUUUGUGUAGUCAGGUCGGGUUUUGAAGGUUUUAGUAGUUUUGGCAUGAUUAAUUCUGGCAUGGAGGAUUCUACUACAAUGACUAUUGAAUUCCUUCGAGCUCGGCUGUUGUCUGAAAGGUCUGUAUCAAGAACUGCAAGACAAAGAGCUGAUGAACUAGCAAAAAGGGUAGCAGAGCUGCAGGAACGACUAACGAUUGUGUCUCUUCAAAGAAUGAAGGCUGAGAAGGCAACAGCAGGUGUUCUUGCUAUUCUGGAUGGUAAUGGGAUUAGCCACAUUUCUGAGACAUUUGAUUCAAGCUCUGAGCAGGAUACUCCUUUUGAAUGCAAAGUGGGUAAUAGGUCCCCUAAAGAAGAAGAGAAUUCCGUCAAUUUGGAAAUGAGAAACAAUGAGGCAGAAGAACUUUCAGGUUCCGACCUUUAUUUUUCUACAGUAACUGCUAGAAGCUUGUCUUGGAAAGGUCGUAAGGAUAGUCCACGUUAUCUUGAAAAAUACAAGGGUCCAUCUCCAAGAAGACGGACUAUUUUUGCUUCUGUUGGUUCUUCUCCAAAACAUCGUCCCGGCAAGUCCUGCUGCCAAAUAAGACGCAGAGAAUCUAGAUCUGUAGCUGAGGAACUCAAAGCCAACCCUGUUAAGGUUGAUGCUCUUGAAGAUGAAGUUGCUACCACUCCUGACAAUUUUCCAAAUUGCCCAGAUGUUGAGCCUGGGAUGUUGGAAGGGAUUGUAAAAUGUGGAGAAGAGAAAACGUUAUUGAAGCACUCACUUUCAAGCUGCUUAGGAAAUGGACAAAACACCACAAGUAGUGAUGGCGUUGAUUAUAAUGUGUAUGGGGGAGACAGAGACCUGGAAAAGGCACUUGAACACCAGGCAAAACUCAUUGACCAAUAUGAAGCAAUGGAAAAAGCUCAAAGAGAGUGGGAAGAGAAAUUCAGAGAAAAUAAUAACAGUACAUCGGAUUCGUGCGAUCCUGGGAACCGUUCAGAUGUCACUGAGGAAGGAUAUGAGAUCAAGGCACCAGCUAAACUCCCUGCUAUGACCGUUGCCUCCCAAACACAAGAGGUGAGGUCAGAAGUUGAAGAUCUCUCCAAAAUUCAGCCCAGUGGCUUUAUACCAUCUUCACAUGUUGAUGUGUCAAGGUUGGAGGAAAGAGAAAACAGUAGCACAUCCGUUUCCAAAUCCUCAACUCAAGACUUUGCAUUCCCCAUGGUCCAGGGAAAGCAAAAUCAAGGGAUCCUUGGAAACAACUAUCAUCUACCAUCGCAGAUCCCCCACAAUGAUUCAGUUUCACAUGGUUCGUAUGAUUCCCCUGGGGGUCAAAACAUGCCCAGCUUUCCAUCAAAUACAAGUAAUAGUCUCAGCAAAAUGAAAGCUUCUGAAGGCGAAAAUGAACUUUAUGCAUUGGUGCCAGCAUCUGAUGGGUUGGGUGGUGUGCUGGAGGCACUUAAAGAAGCAAGGCAAUCACUGCAACAGAGAAUUGACAGAUUGCCGGUAGUUGCUGCAUCUGUUGGAAAAUUUGUCAAACCUUUUGUGCCUACUACAAUGCCUAGGGAUAAAGUACAGAUUCCUGUUGGAUGUGUUGGACUGUUCAGACUACCUACCGAUUUGUCAGUUGAAGGCAAUGCUCGAGCAGAGUUCCUUAGUUCAAGUCCUCGGCUAAGUCUGGGAAACUAUUUUCCCAAUACAGCAGUUCCAACAGCUUCCAGCAAUCAAAUUGUCUCAAGCCUUUACUUGGAGAAUAGGUCAAGCUUGUCCACGGAGGAUCAAGUUUUUGCCAGCCAGUAUGUUGGUGGUGGAUCAAGAAUCCCAACUCAGAAGCCUUAUUUUGAUCCUUACUUGGACACAGGUUUACCUUCUUCAAGUAGAUACGCCUAUCCCAAUUAUCCUAUCAAUACCUCCUAUCCUGACCUGAUGCCACGGAUGCCCGUUGGAGACGCAUCGUCAGCAUCUGUUCUGGGUAGAACCAUUGGAAUGCCUAAUUCAAAUCACUUCUCCUUUAUUGAUGAUGAUAUUAGACCAUACAUGUAUAGGUAGUAGCUUGCCAUUGAAAUUAUGCAAGUUUUCUGAAGUAAGCCUUACCAAGGUUUCAGAAUAGUGAUUUUUUUUUUUGUAUAAUAUUGGAGGUUACAACCCUUUUAAGAGGGUAUGUAUUUGUAUUAUUUCAUGGGGUGUAUUAUCUGUUGGAAGGUAGGAUUUGCAAAGAAAUGAGAUUGUAAUUGUGUUAA